AAUUAUUAUUCUGAAAGAUUAAUAAGCAUCAGGUGGAAAUUGAAUUCUGCCCAAGCGCCUAUGACCUCAAAAUUCAAAUUGUACAUUCAAGUAUUGGUGGCUGUUGCACAGUACGGCUGAUAACGGUUAUCAUUUGAAUGCAAUUUUAAAAUUGAAAACUGUCAAGUGUUAACUACCAUGUCAAAACAACGUUUAAAAGUUAUGCUUACUGCUUAGUCCAAACUUGUAUUCAGUCUAGUGACUAUUUUAACAAGGACAAUUCAUGAAAACAUUAUUAUAAAGAUUAUAUACUAGUUUUAUUAUAACUAUUAAGUUUUUAUACAUUUAUUUAUAUAAAAUGGUUAAACCUUGCGAUGAUUUGAGUGAGCUUAAAUUAGUAGUUCGAUGUGUUCUUACUGCUACUUUAGAUGCUCUUACAAUCGAGGAACUUUGGACUAGAGUUAAUUAUGUAUUUGGAGGUCGAAAUAAAGUACAAUUGGACAUGUUUGGCUUCUACUCAUUACUUGAAUUUUUUACUAGUGUUCCAGAUAUUGUUCAGCUAGAAGAUCCAGAAAACGAUAAUUCUAUUGUUCACCUAGUCAGCUCAACAUUAAGCAAACACAUAGAAUUUCUAGUAUCAACCAACUUUCAAAGACCCAAAAUUAGCAAAACUAAAAUUUCUCACAGAGAUUUAGUAAUUCAUUACGAGACGCAGUGCGCAUUUAUGAGAAUUUUUUUAGAGUUGUACCCUAAGGGACUGUCAAUUGAUGAAUUUGAGUCAAAAAUAUUAUGUUUGUCUAUUUUUAAACCAUUUGUUGAGUGCGUAGAGCCGUUACUAUAUAAUUUAGAUCAUAUUUUUAAAAAAAUUGGCUCAAGUAUUAUUUUACAACAAAAUAUCGUAGAUAGCAUAAAUUGUAUACCAAAAGAAAUAGAUAAAUUUACUGCCGAAGAUAUUUUUAACAUAGAGGAGCAUUUAUUAGAAAAUGAGCCCAAUUAUGUUGCGGAAAGGUUAAAGUAUCCUUUGAUCAACAUUUUGGAAGAAACUGUUGUAAACAAUAUAGAACAAUUAUUGAAUGAACAACUAAAUUGGGUGUCUGAAAAUAAAAUAAUUGACUUAUAUAUAGAAAAGUUUGGAUCGACAUUUUCUCAUUAUAGACGUUGGGGUUUUUCAAGAGUGGGUCAAAUGUUUGCAAACCUACCCGAGCUGUGUCGUAUUAGUUUCACUGAAUCUAGCGAGAUACAAAUAAUCGCAAAUAAUAAAUGUUGCGACAAUCAAAAUAACAAAAUUAAUGCAAGUUCUCAAUCAAUAAUAAGUAAAUUGGAGCCUUUUAAGCAUUCAUUGUGUUCAAUAAAAAGCAAGUCUGAGAAACAACCAGAAGAAGAUGAUUCUGUAUUAAAAAGAUGUCUUAGAAGCGAUCGAUACUUAGAAGUUCCUUUAGACGAAUGUUUUUUGGACGAGGAAAUCAAUUUAUCACCACACAUACGACUUAAUUGCACAUUAAAUGUCAAAGUGUGUAGAGUGAAUGUUAAUUUAUUUCUACCCCCUACGCUAUUCUGUCAAUUGUUGGACGAAUCAUCGGAGUACACAGAUAUGUUAUCUCAAAUGAAAGAGUUUUAUUCUAUUUACCAACAUAAAUUUAAAUUCAAUCAAACAUUAACUAUGGUGAGACAAACAUAUGCAUAUUCAUUAAAUGAUAAAUGGUGUAGAGGUGUUGUAUCGAAUAUCGACAUGACUGAUGUAAAAGUAAUAAACAUUGAUAAUGGAUCAGUUAAUUGUAUUCCACUUGAAAACAUCAGAAUUCUCUAUAAACAAUUUAGCGAAUUACCGUCUCAAUCUUUUGUUUGUCACUUACAUGGAAUACGCUCUAUUGAAGAAGAUGAAGUGAAAAGUAUAGUGGAUAAAGAAUGUGUAGUAUUUAUUGCUGAUAUUGAUAAACAUACAAAGUCUGCUGGUAUCAAAAUUAAAUUAGCAAGUUCAAAAUCAGACGAGUAUUUAAAUGACAUGUGGAUUAUCCACGGCGUUGCUGAUCCCGACUAUUCUUCAGAUGAGGAUUAAAUUAAAAUACACACAAUAACUACAUUUUCGUUUAUAACUAUCAUUUUGUGUCACUAUACAUUAUUAAUGACAAUAGUACAUGUUUAAGUUAAAAUUUUAAAUAGUUUAAGUAACAAGGAUAAAAUUUCAUAUCAUAAUAAUAAAUG